AUGGGAGCCAUAGCAGUCGGCAUUGUCGAGGAAAGUGAUGCCGGUGUCGAUGGCAAGACUUCAACAACAAAUCCUUGUGUGGUGCAGCAGAUCUGGGCAACUUCAGGCAACUCCGACGACCUCAGGCAGCUCCGAUUACAGGUAUUGGAGUUGGUUGGGAAUGCAGCAAGGGAUAACAAGAAGAAUUGCAUAGUGCCAAGGCACAUUCAGCUUGCAGUGAGGAAUGAUGAGGAGCUUAGCAGGCUUUUGUGUGGAUUCCAUUUUCCAAAUUAG